UGUCAGUGUUUACCCACUCUCCAGGGAGAGGAUCCUCUCAGGGUUGUUCCAGAGUUCAUCUGGAGUCCCACUGCUCUCCAAUUAACUAAUGAAGCAUUAAAAUGACCUCCUUUCUAACCUGUGGCUUUUUGUUUGCGUAUUUACUUCUCCCGGGAGUUUUGCACGGGGAGCUGAUUUUCCGAUGUCCGAGUUGCACCGCGGAGCGUAUGGCCGAGUGCGCUCAGGUCACCACAGAGUGCGCGGAGAUAGUGAGGGAGCCGGGCUGCGGCUGCUGCCCGGUCUGCGCUCGCAUGGAAGGGGAGCCGUGCGGGGUUUACACGCCCAGGUGUGCCAGCAGCCUCAGGUGCUACCCCAGCAUGGGAGAGGACUUCCCCUUGCAGCAGCUCAUUCACGGCUUUGGACGAUGUGGACCCAAGGUGGACGACAUGAAAGGUCCCGAGGCGACACUUGAGGGACACGGAACAGAUCCGGAGAUGAAGCGACCGACCGCAGACACCUGGAUCUGGUAUGGCUAUGCCCAGAAACAGCAUUUGAACGGAGGCAAAACCAAGAUGAAGGCCAACCAACCAAAGGACCCUUGGAUCCCCAAAGUCUCACAGACUGUCUGUGAGCAGGAGUUGGACCAAGUCUUGGAGAAGAUCUCCAAAAUGACGCCAGAAGACAACAGAGAACAGCUGGAGAAUCUUAAAUUUCCAAACUGUGACGUGAAUGGGCUUUUCAACCUCAAGCAGUGCAACAUUUCCACGCAUGGCCAGCGAGGCGAGUGCUGGUGUGUGAACCCUCUAACUGGGGUCCAGAUCCCGACAACACCCAAAGUAAGAGGGGACCCCAACUGCAACCAAUUUCACGAAGAAGUCAUGGCAACGCCGGCCACUUCAGCAGCUUACUAGACACCUCCGGAUCCACUUCCCAAAGAUGGAUUCCGCGAAAUGGUUUUUCCUUCUUUCCUGAUUCAAUUUUAUGAAAACAAUAAAGCUCAUAUUCAAUUU